GUGUGACUGUGUCCUCUGUCCUCCGCAGAGACACAAAUAUAAUGCUGCUUGUCUUGGAGGAAAACAAAGAUUGAGACCAACGAUGAAACCAGAAAAGGAAGCUUUUUUAAAAGCCAAAAUUAUGUCCCAGCUCUUUUCCAUCGUGUCUCUCGGUUUCCUCAGCACAGGUGACGUGUCGGCAGUGAACAUGACCAUUCCUCACAGCCUGAUCAGAGGCACAGCAGGAGGCGAGGCCGUCCUCUCCGUGUGCUACAGCAGCGUCAGCCUCGACCUGCCCGUCAUCAAGUGGCAGCUGCAGAGGGAAAAGUCCAUCACGGUGGUCCAGUCCAUCGGGACCGACAUCAUCGGGACUCUGAGGCCCGAGUAUCGAGACCGCAUCCUGGUGUUUGAGAACGGAACUCUGCUCCUGCACAACCUCAGGUUCACUGAUGACGGAGUGUAUGACGUGGAGAUCUCCAUCACUGAUGACACGUUCACAGGAGAAGGCAGCAUCGUACUCACUGUGGACGAGCCUAUAUCCAGGCCGUAUAUCCACAUGGAGUCUUCAUCAGUCCUGGAGCUCAGUGAAAACGUCGUCCUCAACUGUUCCCAUGACAACGGAACCCGGGUGAUGUACAGGUGGUUCAAAGGUGGAAAACCACAGAGCAACGAGACCAGGUUCUGGCUGUCACCGGACCAGAAGCUCCUGACCAUAACCCGGGUUCUGAUGGCAGACGAAGACGUCUACAUCUGCACAGCAGAGAAUCCUGUGAGCAACAUGACGAGUCUGCCUCUCAGACUGACUGUCUACAGAAGAAGUUCCCUCUACAUCAUUCUUUCCACUGGAGGCAUCUUCGUCCUCAUCGCCUUGGUAACAAUAUGUGCCUGCUGGACACCGUCCAAAAAGCGGAAAGAUGCGCAGAGAAAACCUCUCUCCAGGUUCUCUGACCUCGCUUCACAGUCGACCGUCAGCCACAGAGACGAUGUGCUCCCCAAAUUUAGAGAACAUAACGGAAUAAAUGCAGUGACUUCACUUUACAUCCUGCAAAAGAAGGAUCCCGACGACUCGUCCAGUAACAGUAUUGGAUCUCCAGAGUUUGAACACCCACCGAGCGACACCGUGUCCCUGACCCCGCCCCCCGGCUCACCUGUCCGCUCCUCCCACAGAUGCACCACCUGAAAACACCAACCCCGCCCCUCCACCAGGACUCCCUGCUACUGUACAACACAGCUGAUUCACAUGAAGGGUUAAUUAUGAGGCUUCUGCAGAGCUUCUGCAGAGCUUUGAUGACAAGCUGACAGGUGUGUAAAUCAGGUGUGUUGGAGCAGGACAGUGAGUCUCUGUUUGUGGCAGAGCAACUGAAAGAAUGACUUUAGGACUGAAGAGACUCUGCCUCGUCUACAGGGAAUAUGUUAAAGCUAUUUUCUGGGGUUUUACAGUGUCAUUUGUAUCAUUAAAUCAGCAGUUGCUUUUGUGGUUCGAGGCACAGAAAAGGAGAAGUUAGUGAGUAAUGAGACUGUGGAAACGAUAGUGUUGUACAAUGAAGAGGCUUUUGAUUAAGGCCAAUUAUUCUCAUUACAGUUAAUUGUAAUUUAAUAACAUUUCAAAAAGUGUUUUUUCUUUUGUAGAAUUAAAUGUUAGAGAAAAGUUAGUUUUAGAAAAACAAAGCACAGCGAGAAACAUGACUGUUGUGUUUGCCAGUGAAAUCCAAGCUACUGUGUAGUAUUUUGUAUUUAACGACAGAGGAAACAGCGAGUUAAAGGCUUUUUAUAUAAAUCAUAUGAUUUGUAAUAAAAUGUGAAAAAGUACAAAACAAAGAGUGAUUAGAAUGUUUAUCUGUUUUAUUUUAUUUAACAUAACGUGCUGUUGUGGACGGAUGUAAAGACAGACCUCGACUUAUAUGAUGUUGUUAUUUUGUCUUUUCCUCAUUAACAUUUAUCUGAUUUACUUUUUCAAACAUGUUGUAUAUAAACUGGAAAUUCAUUUCAUGAAAGCAUCUGUAAACACA